AUGAAGGUGACAAAAUUAGAUUUUAAAGCCAAAGAAUAGAAAAAUCUAAAGAUAAAGUUUGAUUUAUUUAAUUCAUAAUAAAUUUUAUUUACUAUGGAAUUAUAAGUCAAAGAAUACAUAAGUUCCUUAUUAAAAACUUAAAUUCUUGAAAAUCUGACUCUCAAAAACAAAGAUAAAUAUCUAUAACAUUCGACUGGAUUUAUGUAUAUAUAAGAUAUUUAAAUUCAUUUAGAUGCUUUCUUCAGGGUUAUAGUCUCGAGAUUGGAUACUCAGUCCAACCUAAUAUCAACGAAGCAAUAUCUCAUUACUUAUAUGGCGUUAAAUUUUUUGCAGAUCCAUUGUGCGCAUUUUAAUUAGAGCAAUAUUAUACUAAGCAUAAGAAUAAUAUUUUGGCUUCCUUGUAAAUAUCAUAUUAUGACAAUUAAGUUGCAAGUAUCUCUAUUACUUGUUGAUUGAAUUGGUUUAUGAAAUCAAACAUUCGCUUAAAAAAGUUGAAUGUUAAAAAUAUCAAGAUGCAGUAUCAAAAUUAGCCCCAACGUCGGAUAUACCUUUAAAUCAAAUGAGCAAUUUUCUAUAGGCUCUUUUUCUUUUUAGAGAAACCGAAUCAUAACAACAUUAUGAUUAACUUUUGAUGAACUAUGAAUAAAUGGGUAAUAAAAUUUAUGCCCACCCAAUUCUUAUCAAAUAAUUCACUUUGUCAACAAAGAAUCCUAAUAAAUGUCCUGAUAUCAUGUAUAAGCUAUGCUCAUAAGUAAAUCCAGAGUUCUUUUUUAAAUAAGUACCAUUUAUAAUUUAAUAACAAGGUAGUGUUUAUUUAAUAUUUCUCUUUAUGGAAUGAUUGAUGACUCAUAUUUGAAUUCCAUUCGUUAAGUUAUUUUAGAGUUAAGUUUCCUUAAUAGAACAGAGAAUUAUGCUGAAGUGAUAAAAUAAUUGCAUAUCAAAGGUACUGAAUAGGUCAUUCACAAAUUAUUAAUAUUUUAAAACCGAGUCAAAACACAAAAGGAAAUAGAGCUAAAAAGUGAAGAAAUCAAAUUGAUAGGUUAAUAAAAUUCAUUGAUCACUCUUUAUAUAUUAGGGAAACGACAGAAGAAUAGAUCAAAGAAUUGCUUUUUAUGUAAGGCAAAAUUAUUGCUUAAAAAUCCGUGGCCUGAAAGUCCUUUUAUCAUAUUCGUUUAUAUGUUCUAUCAAGCUAAGUUAGAGUUACAUCACUAGAAUCAUGAUGGAUAUACAAAAUUGAUUGAUUAAAAUAUAUUUGAGGAAUGCAAACGUUAUUAUGAUCGAAAUGCGGUUAAAUUUAAUUAAGCAAGGACACUUCAAUUCUUCUCUAUUCGAAGAAGAUUAGAUAAAUAAAGAGAUAAAAUUACAUUUAAAAACAAAGAGAUUCAGAGUAUGUUCGAUCAAAAGAGAGUUCAAUAAUUAGACCUUUCAAGAGACAACUUCUUAGCAAUUCAGCAAACUCAAAUUGAACUUAGAAGAUCAUUCCUAAAUCAAUCCCCACAAAAGAAGAUAAUAGAUUCAAUCAAACAAAACUAAAGUCUUUAUAUAAACAGUGAAAAUAAGAGGUUAAAUUUUGAUAGAACUAUUCAAGGACCUCAAAUUUUACAUUACUUAGAUGAUAUACAAUUGCAGAAAUCAAGAUUCAUUGAUUUUGAGAAUAAGAUCAGAUAUUCUAAGUUGAAUUUGAUAUAAUAAUAAGAAAUUUCUGAAGUUUAAUUUAUAAGUAAAAGCAAUAGAGACGGGUAGAUAAGCUUAGGUAAAUAUUAAGGGAAGGUGAUAUUUAUAAAAACAUUGUCUUGUAUGAGCUAUGAUCAAAUUAACUAAUAUUUUAAAUUGGUGAAAAAGUAUUUUAACUUAGAUCACAAAAAUAUUAGAACUAUUAUAGGAUAUAACAUAGAGGAUCUUUAAGAAAUGGACUUAAGUGGUUAAAUCCGUAUCUUAACAUAUAAAUAUGAUUAUAAUUUAAGAACCUUCCUUUAAAAGAACAAGAUUUCAACAAAAGAGAAAUGGCAUAUGGCAGUGUAGAUCAUAGAUGCUAUAUAUUAUUUACAUCAAAACGAGGUGAUCUUUUGUAAUUUACAUCCGAAUAAUAUUCUAAUUGAUGGAGACACUCAGGUGCCAGUGCUCAUUGAUUUUGAUUUGCAGUUCGACAAAGACUACAUUGAUAUAAAAUAUAUGGCCAAAUAAGUAAUUGAAGAAGAGAUGCCAUUGUUUACUGAGAAGACUGAUAUUUAUUCAAUAGGAUGCAUCCUACUAUAUUUAUUUUUUGGUUGUUAAUUUCAAUUUCAUGAAUCACAGUACUUAUCAUAAUUUAUUGUUUUAUUAGUCAUUCUCCAACUCAGAUCUUAGAGACCUUAGAAGAUUUGAAUCCUGAUUAAUCUGCAAAUGUUGGUUUUGAAAUACCUCCGAAUUUAGACGGCUUACUAGAAAAGGCUAGAGUGAUUACAUUAAAAUGUUUAAAUGGAGAGAUUGAAUUAUUAGAUAUGCUUCAACAUUUUUAUGAUAAUGCUUGA